CUCGUCAACCACCGUGUCACCAUCUACUCGCAUUCUCCAACCAUUGGCGGUGUGAGUGUUAACAGAAGGGCGUUGUCGAUGCCGCAAUGUCGUGAUUACGUGUGCGAAUUAUGCAUGGCACGCGCACGCGCGUUGGCUGUCAAAUCUAUGACACAGAACAAUAGAAGAAAGCACCGAAGAAAGCGAUGCUCGAGACUCAAUUGAUCCAUACGUAGCAGGCCCAGUGGCCUGCUGUGUGCCUUCAAUUGGCUCAGCGAAAGCGGCGUGGUGCCCCCGUCUCUCACACUGUGUAUCAUCACGUAUAUAUGUCCGCAUCAUGCUGUAGUUGAAUAUCAUCAUGCGUUAGUGUCUCUGUAAAUCUUUGUGGAAGUACGCUGAUAACCACAAAGAAAGCGGAGUUGUGUAGAGAUGGUAGUUCCAGUUGAGUGCGAGUUGGUGCGAGUUGGUGUGAGUGUGUAGCAGGAAGCAGCAAUGAGCUCUGUCAGAAGUAGUUCGCCUCUCAAGCUCAGAGAACGGGUGUCGCACUUGUUCAGGAGAGAUGCCAGCGCAGCUCGUGAGACAGCACUGGUGGGCGUGGCCAGUGGAGGCCAUGAAGGGGAGGAGUUCCCGACGCUCUCAUCCACCGAGAUUAGAUUGGACGAGAUGACCUUGCUGAACACGUUGAAGAACCAGCAAAUCUUAUCAAGGGAACAGGAGAUAGUGCUGAAGGUUACACAGGAGCUACGGGAGUUGGACCGGCCUAUUGCCAAAAGACCAGUGGCUAAGAGCUGUGAUGGCACGCUGCAGUACUGUUUGAAUUCACAUUGGUGUCUUUGGAGUAAUAUCGACUUACACUUGGACACUCAGGGAGCUGGUGAUAAGAGCCCUGUGCCAACAUCGACGACGACGCUACAACAGGUGUUUAACACGAGGUUGGAGUUGGACAAGGCUAUACAAACGUGUUCACGUGUGUUGGAGCAAGAUGCGAGUCCCCACAUCGUGGAAGUGCACUUGUUCAACAAAGCAGUUGACUUGCCAUUCGAACUAGAAGGGUUGGCCUUGAAAGUACCGGGGACCAUCGGCGUCAGUGCCAUUGAACAGCUAAUGGAGUUGGUCUGUGAUGAUAGGCUUUUCCGAUAUGCCGAUAUAGACUGGUAUUGGUUGAAACUGACAAUGAGUGGGAUAACACUAUCACAGACAAGGAGAGCUCAUGAUGACGUAUAUUGGGUUAUAAAGCUUUGGUUCAAGACCAACGGUGUGAUUGACGAGUUUGACGAUGAACUGAUCAAAAGGGUUUGCUAUUUGUUGUAUUACUCUUGUGACUGCCUGACCGUUCAAGUCAUCUCAAAACUGAUGUAUACAAAAGAUGCGUUUGUAUAUAGAAGCGUGUGGAAUUGAUCUCUCCCCCCCCCCAGGCUCAUUCCAUGUUGCCGAAUACACUAUCAUCUUCAUCCUCCCUGGUGUCACUGUGUAGCUGG